AUGGUCGCCGACGACAAAGCUUCAUCGGCGACCAUGGAGAUCGACCGGGCUUCGUCGCGAACGAAGACCCACGGUCGGGCUUCGUUCGCGACGAAGCCCGCUGUGCCCAACGGGCUUCGUCUUUGGGGCUUCGUUGCAGACGAAGCCCGAUCGGGCUUCGUCUGCAACGAGCCCCCUACAUCUCAACAAAGCUCGAUCGAGCUUCGUCUGCAAACGAAGCUCGAUCGAGCUUCGUCUGCAGACGAAGCCCGUUCGGGCUUCCUGAAUCGAAGCCCGAUCGGGCUUCGUCUAGAAGAAGACGCUUCGUCUUCGUCUAGACGAAGCCCGCUAGGGCUUCGAUUCAGGAAGCCCGAUCGGGCUUCGUCUCACUGCAACGAAGCCCAAUGGGCCGCGACCAAGCCCACAGCCCAAUCGGGCUCUCUCGACCGUUGGGCCCCAGCUCGAUUAUCUCUGCCCAACGAAGCUCGAUUAGGUUUGGGUUGCGAUGAUCUGAUGGCUGAACAACAAACUAUAAAAUUUACUUAUGUUCAUACUCAUCGAAUAUUACCGCCCGGAAUGCGAGUUACUACUCAUUGUGGGAUCAAACACCUUGAGGCGAUGCGUCGUGCUCUAGACCGAUACAAGUUAUUAGAUAGAUUCCUACAGGGCCCAUUAGGACAUUUCUUAAAGAUGCCUUUGUCUCUCCAUUUGACUGCACCACAAUUGAUAUAUCAUGUUCUACUUAGGGAGGUGACAUUUCCAGGUGCCCACCACGAUGAGAUGUGGUUCGAGAUUGGUGGCACACCAUAUAGGUACGGGAGGCAGGAGUUCAUACUUAUUAGUGGACUCCGAUUUGGGGCUAUUGAUAGGGAAAGCCUUGAACCGAAACCUAUUGAGCCGGAGAGUUUACGUGCUCGACUAUUUCCACAACAUAAGAAGGGGGUGACUGGAGACGACCUUGAAUUACUUAUUAGUACCAGAGAGGACAUGGUUUCAGAGGAUGCCCUGAAACUGAUUUACAUUGCUGUGGUCGAUAUGUUUUUGUUGGGCCAGGAUGAGCGCGGGCAUGUGGAUGAUUUCUUGUGGACUAUGGCUGAAGAUUUACAAGCAUUUGAGAUGUUCCCUUGGGGUACGUAUGUCUACAGUAAGAGUCAACAUUACAUCCGAUUGGCCACGAAAGAAAGAAAAUUGACUGGUGAAGGUGGGAAGAAAAUCAACCUUUAUGGUUUUGUAUGGGCGUUUCAGUGGUGGUUGAUCGAAACGUUCCCAUGGAUUCAGAAUAAAUGGGCCGUUAGACUGUCUGAUGCAGACAUUCCAAGAUGUAGAAAAUGGCUAUCAAAAAAAAGGCCGCAGAUAAAAAAUUACGACGAUUGUCUUAGGAAGGAAGCACGAGGAUCGAGUCCGACUCUUGAGCCCACUGAUGAUGAGCGGGAAACGAAUUUUUGGAGAUCUUUUAACCCUCAACACUCGGUUGGGGUCGAUGUCUAUAAAUUUGGGGGCGGAGGGGGUGAAGAGGAGGAAGAGAAUGGCGGGGAUGAGGACGAGGACGAGGACGGGGAUGAGGAUAAGGCGAGUAGGAUACAUUUAGAUGAGAAGGGAAAGGAAGAGAAUGGGGAGGAGAAGAAUAAGGAGAAGGCAAGAUUCCCUGAUAGUUCGCACCACGGACAAUACGAGGAGGGAAAGGAGGAGAAGGAUAAGGAGAAGGCAAGAUUCUCUGAUAGUUCGCACCACGGACAAUACAAGGAGGGAAAGGGGGAGAAGGAUAAGGAGGAGGUAAGAUUCGUUGAUAGUUCGCACCACGGCCAAUAUGAGAUCACCGAGAUGCUGAAACAAACUCUAGAUAUGUUGCGGAGAAUAGAUGGGGAAAUGAGUCAGGUGAGGACACAAUUGUUGAGACUAGAGAGGGCGCAGGAAUCACUAGAGAGGGGGCAAGCAGCACUAGAGAGGGGUCAGGCAGCACUAUGUGCUCAUCUACGCAUCCCGCAUAUUUCCCCAGAUCACAGCGAUAAUGUUCAUGAGCAGUCCCAGGGUGAUGAUCAGGUAGAUCUUGAUCAUCACGAUGAGGACCAGGCAUCUACAUCUAGAUUACAGGAGGAGGAAGUGGUUAGGGUCGACAGGCGACCUAUGCGAGAUAGAUUGCCAUCGCAGUUUCGUCGUCCACCCUUCACCGAUCCAACAAAAUAUAAAAGGAGAAAGAAGGAUGCUACUUUGGAGGGGUCGGACGUGGACCCGAUGCCGCCGGUACUAGACCCAAUGCCGCCGGACAUAGAGACAGUGCCCCCUGAGGGUUAUAUUGAGUUCAUAGGUUCUAAUGAAAAUAUUAGUCUUCACACCGGUUUCAUUCUUAACCUAACACCGGAUGACCUCCGAAACAUAGAGAAUGAGGCCAACUGGUUGGAGGGUUACCAUAUCGAUAGUUACAUGUGUUGCCUGAGACGUAUACAGUCUCGACGUCAAUAUGACACAAACUACGCUAUCAUGUCAACUUCGUUUUUUGCAUCCAUGGUAAGAUUUUGGGAACAGGAGUACGGGGGCAAUAGGAGGGUUUUUGUGCCUUCUAUCGCAUCUGUUCCAGAAGAGUGGACCGGUUUCGUUGACGGGCGCAUUGACGGAAGUCUCCCUUGGUGGGCAGUCGAUUAUGUGUUGCUCCCUUGUAAUGUAGCAAAUUCUCAUUGGUUUCUCUUAAAGAUUUGCUUGAAAGAUAGGAGAAUUGUCAUAUAUGACUCCAAUUCCAUAAAUGAAGAUAGUUGUAGGAGCAGGGUCGAAGCUAUACAACCACUUGUGAGUUUGUUACCCAUUCUACUAAAGAAAGCUGCAUAUUAUGAACAUGUAACUGCAACUGCGACGCUAGACAGAGAUUGGGAAGUGGAGAAUACUGAUCCUCAGAAGUUGCCUCAACAACCGGAUGGGGCCAGCUGCGGGUGCUACAUUAUCAAAUAUGUCGAGGACAUACUGAGGCAUAAUGAGGAUCACUGGCAUAUGCACCCAACUGUGGAUGUCCGUACCCUCCGAAGACAGAUUGGAAUAUUUUUGUAUAGACAUAGCACGGUAGUAUACUUGUAG